AUGCUCAACAACAUGUCCUCCUCAGCUUCCUCCAAGAACCCCUCCAGCGUGGCCAAAGUCGAACUCAAGCUCACGCUACCUUCGGCUGGCCCUGCACACCACACCACCACCCGUUUCCUCUCGGUGCCGGCGACCCCUUGCCCGACUUGGGACGAGUUCCUCGUUCUCUUACGCGAGCGCUUCCAGCUCGAUGCUUCAACCCCCAUCAUCGGUGUCACCUACCGUGAUACCGAGGAUGACGAGAUCCUCCUCUCUUCCGAUGCCGAACUCCAAGAUUGGUGGUCGACCUUGACCGCCGAAUCGUCGUCGACCGACUCCUCCACCAUCACCGCCACCGCCACCACGGCUCGGAUCCUCAUCGAUGGACAAGCCCAAUCCGCCGCGCUGGAUGAAGAACAAAUCCAACUGCUCGGCGAAGUCAAGUCGAUGAUUCAAAAAGACCAUUCGUUCGCUCAUCGUAUCGGCAAGACCAUCGGCGAAGCAUUGCACCCCCACCACCACCACCCCUUCGGCGGUCGCCGAGGAGGACCGGGAGGUCCCCCACCGCCCCCUUACGGCGCUGGCGGUCGCCACACCCACAGCCAUGGCCCUCCUCCUCCUCCUUUGGGCGGUCCUGGUCGUCACGCUCGUCACGCUCACGGCUCCCGUCAUGGUGGUCGCGGCGGUCUCUUCAGCCUUGGUCCUCGUUCUUCCGGUAUUUUCGGACCCUCCGGUCUCUUCGGACCCUCCGGCUUGUUCGGGCCUCCGGGCCCUUCCUCUUCUUCCUCGUCCUCCAGCUCGUCCGGCUCUGAAACCGACGUCGAAGAUGGUCGAAAGGAGAAGCACGGCAAGAAGAAUAAGCAUCAUUCCGGUGGUCGAAAGCACGAACACGGUGAACACGGCAAGCACUCUCGUCGUCGUAAGUCUCCCCUAUUGGAGGCUUUAUUGGGUUCCCAUGACUCACUUUCCCCCGCUUUGUUCGCUCGUCGAUUGGCUCGUUCGACUGUAGCCCAUGAUCAUCAUCCUCGAGGACCUCGUUCCUUUCCUCAUGCUCCUCCUCACGCACCUCAUGAACCCCAUGGUCCUCACCCACCUCACGGUUCUCAACUUCCUUUCCCCUUCAUGAAUCACGGCGAUCGUCCUCGUCACGGUCACGGAUACGGUCAUGGACAUGGACACGGCCACGGCGACCACGCCGGUCCUUCUUCGCCCCCUCCUUUCGCCGGACACGACCACAGUCAACCAAUGGGCGAGUUGGUCGAUCUGGAAUUCGAGAUGCUCGAUUUGGACGAACAAGAACGAAAACCACACGGCCGAUCUCGUCCUCAUCAUGGUCAUGGACCUCAUCGCCAUCGUGGAGGUCGUCAUCAUGGACUAGGUGGUCGUCAUUAG